UUAUUGUCCGAGUCCAGUCUUGCGAAUAAAAGUUUUAUUCCAAGAACGCAAUUCUUAUUAAAGGCUCACGUUGAUUUUUCCAUAACAUGAUACAUAUUACAACGCAAGUUGUAUUUCACAGGAUAAAUUUCGUGGUUAUUGGUUUCCUGUCGCAUGUACAUACUUGAGAAAAUCAUCCGCAUCGUGAACAUCGUGGUGCCUACAGUGGCAUGCAAUAGCAUAUGCAAAAGGAAUUGUUGAGUGUUACUUUAUAUAAAUACGUUCUACAUAUACAGUGCUUUAUUAAGGAAUAGCCUUUAACGAGCGGAUAGCAAAAUAUGGAGCAAAUAAGGAUUAUUUCUGAAAAGUACAAACUGACAUAUUUCAAUAUCCGGGGAAGAGCAGAGCAAAUUCGCCUCAUGUUUGCUGUAGCUCAGGUCCCAUUUCAAGACCUGCGAAUAGACGCGACUGAGUGGCCAAGUUUUAAAUCAAGCACUUCGUGGGGUCAACUUCCCAUGUUGGAAGUUAUCAUGGAAGAAGAAGACGGGAAUCAUUCGGAUCCAUCUAACAUCAAGAUUACGCAGACUAUGGCAAUCAUCCGAUUUUUGGCCAAGAAAUUUGGAUUUUACAGCAAUGACCACUAUCAAGCUGCACAUAUUGACGAGGUGGGUUACGUCGUUGGGGAGUUAUUGGAUGAGUGGUAUAAAUACGAGUUUGAGUCCAGUGACGACCAAAAGAAAGCUGUCCAGAAGGAAGCUUUAGUGACCACACAUUUUCCAAACUAUUUUGAGAAACUUUCGAGGUGCCACUUGAAAUAUGGAGGUCCUUAUCUGCUUGGAGAGAAACUAACCUUUCCGGAUGUGAUGCUUGCCCAACUUCUGGGCAGUGUGGAGGAGGAAUUCGACGGUGGAGACGGUGUCAUCGACCAAUACCCAGUUAUGCGAACUCUAAAGGACGCUAUUUGGACUAUUCCGUCCGUUAAGACAUAUGCAGGACAACGCCUUUAAAAGUGAUUAUCUUGGGAACUUGAUAAUUAAUUUAAGAGUUUUUGAUGGGUUUCUUUAAGGAUAAAAUUGGGUGCCGCUCGGCUUUAUUAAAAAAUUGCAUCUUUACAUAAUAAAUAAAUAAAUAUGA